AAGACUAAAUUGUGGGCAAGGAAUUUGAUUACGCGUCACCGGGGCGGGACUAUUGUGUCUAACAGGAAAACUACAGAAAGAUGGCUGCGAUCAGAAAGAAACUGGUGAUAGUGGGUGAUGGAGCCUGUGGGAAGACAUGUCUGCUCAUAGUGUUCAGCAAAGAUCAGUUCCCUGAGGUCUACGUUCCCACCGUGUUUGAGAACUACGUGGCAGACAUYGAGGUGGAUGGCAAACAGGUGGAGCUGGCUCUGUGGGACACUGCAGGUCAGGAGGAUUACGACCGUCUCAGACCUCUCUCAUAUCCAGACACAGACGUCAUUCUGAUGUGCUUCUCCAUCGACAGCCCCGACAGCUUAGAGAAUAUUCCCGAGAAAUGGACUCCGGAGGUGAAGCAUUUCUGUCCCAACGUGCCCAUAAUCCUGGUGGGAAAUAAAAAAGACCUGCGGAACGAUGAGCACACCCGCAGAGAGCUGGCCAAGAUGAAACAGGAACCGGUGAAGACGGAGGAGGGCAGGGACAUGUCAAACCGGAUCAAUGCCUCUGGUUACCUGGAGUGCUCAGCCAAGACAAAAGAUGGUGUGAGGGAGGUUUUUGAGAUGGCCACCAGAGCGGCGCUGCAAGCCAAGAAAAGGGGCAGGAAGAGUGGCUGCGCUCUGCUAUAGAGAGUCCACUGCAGAGUCCGUGGUGGGAAGGGAAAGGCCAAGCAUUCCUCCUGGGUCUGCUUUGUCACCAGAGCAGGCAGACUUCAUUUGCUCUUAACUGAGAUGAGUCCAAAAUAUGUUGUUGUCAGCCAAAGGGAAAAAUUAACCAAGAUUUAAAAGAAAAAAGAAAGGGAGAAUUAUGAACGUAAGGCUACAUGUUUAGCUAUAAAUUCACCAUUACAUAAAAGAGAAUAUAAAAGAACACAGAGAAGGGAACAUCGCAGGUUGUUUCUGAUUUUGUUUGGCUAAUUUUCUUUUUGAAAGAGUAUCUCAUUAUGACAUAAAGCAUCUAUAAAGUAGGUCACCAUAAUACUCCCACCUGAUCUCUAUGGGUUCAUUUCGUAUUAUCUAGGUUUCUUUAUUUGGGCCUAAAUUUCUGUUUUAUAAAACUGUAUUUGCUGGCUUUGCGUUUGGGCUUCAACACAUAACCAUGUUAAUUCAGUUAGUUGAAAUUAUCUUGGCUACACAGUCAGAAAAUUGUUUUUUUCCUGUAGACUGCAGAGUAUUAAAUGAUCUUUUUUUUUUUUGUUCCUGUGUAAACACACAGCUGUUAGUUCAACCGUUGUGUUUAGUGCAGAUUCACAUUCAGUUAUUCAGCUAGAAUUUACAGUUUGUCCCUAGAUAUCAUGCAAGCCUGUGUUUCUCAAAGUCAAUUAUAAACCCCCAAAUUCUCCAAAUGAAAGUCACACACGCAUAUAUAUAUAUAUAUAUAUCUUUUAGUUAUUACUGAGAUAUUUCUAUGUGUAUAUUUUCUGGAAAAGGAGGAAUAAUUCAAGAUAUAUCAAAACUAGUAAGCACAUUCUCUGAACUGUGUAGUGACAGCUUUUUGAAUACUCCUCUGCUUCUUUUUCUGUAUUUAAAGACGUCUAAAAAUGGCAAAUAUCAUCUAACUCGUGCAUUAACCUGUUUAUUUUGCUUGAGAACUAAAUUGAAUGGAAUAUUAAGGCGUUGGGAGCAGUUUUAAGAUGGGCCGGAGAGGCAGAGCUCUCCACGCUCUCUGGUCUCCUCCCAUGUUGUCUCGGUGCUUUCAGUAAAAUCUGUCUCCACAGUCGACCGUCGCAUUCUGCAGAAGCAGGGCUGUUUUUCAAAUCACUUAGUUGUUACCUUUGUAGGCUUUUCAUUUGCAACAGAACGACUUUCAACUUUGACAAACCCUUGAAAUGGGCAAGCAAACAAAAAAAAAAAACCCCGUCGGUGUUUCUCAGGAUUUUGUUGCACUGAUGUGACUUCUGCUGUUCAGUGACAGAUUCUGCUGAAUUGCUGAAACUCAUCUACUUUGUCGUUCUCCCGUUAUUUAAAGUUGACCUUUUUAAUUUCAGCUUAACGUGUUUCCUGUCUGCAAGCUAACUCGCCUCCUCUUGGGUUUUCUGUUACUUUAUGUGAUAUUCUACUGGCUUACCUUGUACUUUGCACAAAUAUUAAACAUUAGGUCAGUGUUGUGUACACUCUGGAAACAUUCUGAAAUGCACACAGCUCCUGAGGGAUUUGUAAGACGGUUGUUCCUUUAUACACAAAACCGUUCUUGAAACUUCUGCAGAUUUUAAUGUAUUUUAAAGGAAAUAAAGUAAACGGAGAAAGGC